CCCUUUGCUCCCAGCAUGUCAGUUCGGUUCCUUGGGUGCUCUGUGUAGUGCUGGGACCCCUGGCUUGUUACAUGGCAUCUCCUGUGACAUGCUGAAUCUUUAAGGUCCCUGCCCAGGGUGUCCCCAUGGCGACGCAAUGGCAGCUCUGUGUGUGCAGCCUGGGGAUCCUCCUCCUGGCUCCAUGUUCUCUCUCUGAGGAGUUCUCCCUGGCUGGCUCCCCGCACCCCAUGGUGAGAGUAGUUGGCCAGGAUGUGGUGUUACCCUGCCAGCUCUCACCCCCAGCCCGACUGUCCAGCAUGGAUGUCCUGUGGAGGAAAAUUGGAUCAGGAUAUAUCUCGGUUCAUGAGUACUCGGAUGAGGGUAGCCGGGACCUGCCAGGGGAGAGUUACCAGACCCGGACAGAGCUGUUCCGGCAGGAGUUCAGCAGUGGGAAUGUCUCCCUGAAGCUGAAACGGCUCCAAGUGGCAGAUGCUGGGACAUACCAUUGCCUUGUGAGGAACCCAGAAUGGAGCCAGGAAGCCAUCAUUGAGCUACGGGUUGCAGCUGUGGCUCCUGUGUUCAUUGAUGUGCUGGGCCCCCGGGGCCAGGGGAUGGGUCUGGCAUGUAGAGCAACAGGUUGGUUCCCCAAACCCGAACUCCAGUGGGUUGGAAAGAACUGGCAGAACCCGUCGAUGGAGAUUGUGACCGACGUGACUCAGGACAGGGAGAAUCUGUAUAGUGUUGUGAGUCACAUCACUGUCACACAAGGGGAAGACAAUAGAGACAUCAGCUGCAUAGUGCGGAAUGGCCUGCUGGAGACCGAGCGACAAUCUGCCAUUCACCUCUCAGGUGACAUCUUCCCCCGUGUUUCUCCCUGGCUGGCUGCAUUCUGGGUGAUGUUCACUCUGGUUCUUGUUGCUGCUGGAGCUUGUGCAUAUCUUGGAUACACAGCGAAGCGAAAGGCCUCUCAGAAGAAACGCUCUAAAUGUGAGACUCUACUAAAUCUUGAGACUGAGAAGAAGACCUGGGAAUCAGAGUACCAGGAGCUGCGUGAGACAAUUGAUGUUGAAAGGAAGGCCAUUGAAUCAGAGUGUGACAAGCUGCGUGAGAAGCUUGAUGCUGAGAGGAAGGCCUUUGAAGCAGAGCGCAGCAAACUGCAUGAGAGGAUUGAGUCUCAGGAAAAGGAGAUCAAGAAGUUGAAAUCAGGAAACAGUUCCAUGCAGAAAAAGAAGACCUAG